CAGCCUUUCGUGAGUCGUGGUGUGUAUCAAGCAGCUUCAUCCUACUCCAAAAAAAAAAAAAAAAAAUGGAUGGGACGUUCUUUUACAGGCGGGGCUUAAACUUUUAGGGGAUCUCCUCGACAGCCCACCUCCCACUGUGACUUCUACUUCUCGUCCGGGACCUGAUCGGGAACGAUGGCCAGUGCACGACGGUGACCUGCACCCGAAGCAUGGGCCUGGUGAAGUUCACGUGCGCGGUCGUCACCCGAGGGCUGUUCAUCCUCGUGGCCCUGGCCGGCGUGUGGAGGGUGACCUCGGUGAAGCAGGACCACACUUACUGGCUCUUGACUCUGCUCUUUCUGCCGCUCGUCCUUGAAAUGAUCGUGACCCUGAACAGGCGAAAGGGACAGGAUUACAAAUGGUUUUCUCCUGCUAUCUUUCUGUUUCUUAUCAGUAUCAUUCCCUCCAUCUGGCUCCUGGAGCUCCACCACCAGCAGAACACAGUCAACGACACUGAGUGCAAAAAACUCGACUCAUUUGAGAGUUUGCGUAGAACAUUCAUGAUGAACGAGACCUUUGGAAACUUAACACAAGACAACUACCUGAAGAAGUUUAACCAGGCGUUGUCAGCUGUCUGUUCCCGCGAAUGGAUCCUGGCUCUCCAUCAGAUCCUGCUCAUCCUCCUCAUCGUGGGGAAGUGGUUGCUCCCCCUGGGAGGCGGAGUCACCCGGGACGAGCUCUCGCAGCUUCUCCUUAUUUUCAUUGGCACGGCGGCAGACAUCCUCGAAUUCACUAGUGAGACGCUAUUAGAUGUCAAAGAGAAGAGUCCUCAGCUGGUCUACAUUAUCUUAGGUGUAUGGACUUGGAGCAUGUUGCAGUUCCCCUUACAUCUGGCCGUGGUUAGCUCCAAGCCGGGCAGUGAGGACGAGCCGCGUGUCCAGGAGACGUCCCUCUUGACUAAACACAGCACCGACAUGUGGCACAUCACCGAGGCCUUGUUCAUUCAGGACGGGCCUUUUCUGGUGGUCAGGCUCAUCGUCAUGACCUACUCCAGAGUCUUCCACCAGAUGCUGGGUUUCUUUGCCAUCAAGAACUUCCUGGUGGUCAUACUGAACUUGUACAGGUUGACUGUUAUAUGCCAGAACUUUAGACAUCCCAGCAGUAGCACCAGCGGGGCCAUUGCUGACCAAUGAGUCGGACAAGUGCGCUCAGUGGGCAGGCCGCAGAUGGAUUCAUGUACCAAAGUUUUACAUUUAUAGUAGAUUGACUAGAUAGUAGUAGUAGAUAGAUCGAAAGCAGUUAGUCGUUAAUAAUUAAUGCUGUUUUAUAUAUAAUAAACCAUUUUCUAGCACUUGCUAAACAUAGGCACUGCCUAACAUCUGACUCGAGUCAAAAUCAGAAUCAGAAUGAUCUUUCUUGUUAUUAUACUCAAGUACAAUGAAAUUUGGCAUGGCUUCUCUCAUACAGGACAAAAAAAUAAGAAAUGUCUGCACGCGCCGCCAUCGUACAAUAACUUCAUUUAGGCAGGCUCAGGCCAGCUCAGUGAAAACCAAACUACUACUUCAACAUGACUGUAUAGUGUAUGGACAAGUUUGGCUUUCUUUAGGCGUAUAUAAAGAGUCCUUCAUCUAGUGUAGCCUGUUUGACAGAAUAACUGAUGUUACAACAAAUAACAGAAACUGUAGGUAAAGGGCAAGAAAAGAAGGAAGCAGAACAUAACAGGAAAAAGAUGUCGGGAUCCACAUAGAAAGAUAUCCUGAUAUGAUUACAUGCAAACAGAUAAUGCACAGAACUAAGCAUACCAGCACAAAGCAGUGUAUGAAAAUAUGUCCCAUAGCACAAAAAUCUGUUUGCAACACCGCACGUUCAGUAACUGAAGCCAAGCUACUGCUUUGAUAAGGAUUGGACGGAUUUCUAACAGUGUGAUGUGUUGUGCUUUGUUGAACAGGAGGCAGGGCAGGGAGAACAGGAAGAGAGGAAGACAUAAGAGAGAUAUAUGCUCAAUGACACAAAGGCCCUCUGGAGCUGACAGAAGCUGAGAUCGGAGAACACUUUUCCUGGCCUUAACCUAGACAGGAAGUUAAAUCCGUGACUGUGAAAACAUCCUACCCUAUGGUCAUUGUCUGUUUGACAACACCAUAUAUGUAUAUAUAUAUACAUAAAAAAUAAAAUAUA